AUGGGAGAAGCGCUGCUGCUGCCCAUGAGCACUGCGGCCAGAUUAACGAGUCCUCUGAAUGUCCGUUCCAGAGAGACGCAGAAGAAGCCUCCGGCGCGGCCGACGGCGGCCAAACCCUCGCUGAAGCCCAAAGCUCCGGACGUCGACGCCGCCAUGCCCGGCUACGAGGACCCCGAGCUGGCCCAGCUCAGUGCCGCCAUCCUGGCCCUGGGGGGCGACCUUCCCGAGGACCUGCGCAGCCUGCCCCCCGACCUGUCCUCGCUGCCCCCCGGGGCCGGCCGCCUGCCCGCCGCCGCCGGCUCCUCCCUGCCCUGGCCCGGAGCUCCAGGCGCUACUCUGCCCCGCUUCCCCGCCAACCUGCCCCCCCCAGAGCUGCUGGCACGGAUCGCCCAGUUCCCCACCUCGGGGCCCCUCCCCCGCGGCCCCCUCCCUCAGAUGGCUCCACAGAGGCCUCCUCAGAUGCCGACCCAGGCGAUGGUGCCCGGUUACCGGCCGCCCGCUCCUCAAGUGCCCCAUCCGGGCCCCGUGGCCCCCACCCCCGUCCGGCCCUCCACCACCACGGUGGACAGCGCCAGCUACGCCCCCACCCCGCACCACCCCGUCCCACCCGCGGCCUCCGCCGGCUACAGCGUGCCUCCCCAGAUGGGGGUGUACCCCCCCUUCAUGCCCCAGCCCAGGGUUCCCGUGCCGGCGCAGACGCCGCAGCAGCCCAAACAUCCUCAGCAGUAUCCGCAGCCCCCCCCUCAGGGGUACCAGCCUGGACCCAGGGCCGUUCCCAGCCCCCAGCCCCCCCAGGCCUACCCUCACGGCUACAUGCCCCCCCAGCCUGGCGCUCCUCCUCACUACCAGCAGGCGUUCCCGGGCCCGCUGCAGAACGGCUUCCAGCCGCAGAUGCCCCCCGGGUACCAGGCCCCCCAGGGCUACGUGCCCCAGCAGCACCCUCACGUGAUGCCCAGACCGCCUCAGGCUCAGAUGCCCCCCCAGACACCCCCCACCUCUCAAACGGCGCCCCCCGUCUCCCAGCCCUACCUGCCCCACCCCGGCCAGCAGAUGCCCCCCCGGCUGCCCCACCAGCACAUGUUGCCACAGCAGCAGAUCUCGAUGCCCCCCGGUGCCCAGCAGAUCCCCCCCCACCCACAGAUGCAGAUCCCCGGGGGUCCCAGACCACAGAUGCCCCCCACGAGCCAGACGAUGCCCCCGGUGUCACAGAACUACGUACCCCCCACCAGCCAGCCCCUACACCCCCCCCUGCACCCCCAGAUGCCCCCCGCCUCUCAGCCUCAUCUGGUCCCGGGUCCUCAGGUCCACCUCGCCAGGGGCCCGAUGCCCCAAAUGCCGCCUAAUGCCCUCCCCCCGCAGCACCACCCCCACCCCGGGCAGCCUCCGAUACCAAAUAUGCCCCAGCAGCCCAUGCGGAUGCCCGGUCAGCCCCAGCACCCCCACUCCGGGGGGGCCGUCUGCUACCCGGGAGCGGCUCCCAUGAUGCCUCAGCAGCCUCUGGCCCCCCAGCCCGCUGCUGCCCAGCAACCUCAGGCUCCUCUUCCUCUGCCCCACCCCCAGCCCUCCGCCAUGUACCCCUCGCCCCCGGGACCCAGCGUACCUUCAAGUGCCCCCCAGCAGCCCCACGCCCCCCCGGCUCAGCACAUGAUCCAGCCCUCUCCGGGGGGGCCCGCCGCCGCUCAGCCCCCCGGCUCCAUCCCCCCCUCGCCCUCGCCCUCCCCCUCCCCCUCCCCGGGUCCCGGCUCCCUGGGUCUGAACCCCCCCCAGCAGAGGCCCCCGCCGGCCGCCGCCCCGCCCCCUCUGCCCUCCCCCUCCGCCGUCUCCCCCUCCGCCUCGCUGUUCCAGCGGCAGAACUCCAGCACGGACGACCUGCUGUCGUCGAGCCCCGAGAGCCAGCCGGGGGGGGCCCCGGCCCCCGCCAACGUGCUGCAGCCCACCAAGGCCGACCCGCAGGACGGCGAGCGUCGGAAGAAGAGCUGUCAGGGCGUGCUGCUGAUCCAGGGCGACCCGUACCAGGCCCCCGAGCGCGUGGCCCGGCUGCACGGGGACCUGGCCCGCUUCCGGGCCCAGGCGGAGUCCCUGGAGCAGCCGUCGGAGCUGGAGGGCGGCCUGUCGGUGCUGGACGCCCGCUGGAAGGAGCUGCAGGAGCAGCAGGAGAAGGACGCCCGGCAGCUGUCCAUCGCCAUCGCCCGCUGCUACACCAUGAAGAACCGGCACCAGGACGUCAUGCCCUACGACCUCAACCGGGUGGUGCUGCAGUCCGGCAAGGACGACUACAUCAACGCCAGCUACGUGGAGGAGCUGUCGCCGUACUGCCCGCGGCUCAUCGCCACGCAGGCGCCGCUCACCGGCACGGCCGCCGACUUCUGGCUCAUGGUGUACGAGCAGAAGGUGUCGCUGGUGGUCAUGCUGGUGUCGGAGCAGGAGCUGGAGAAGGGAAAGGUCCUGCGGUACUUCCCCACCGAGCGCGGCCAGCAGCUGUCUCAGGGACCGAUCACGCUCAGCCUCACCACGCAGAAGACGGCCCCCACGCACGUGGAGCGCAUGAUCAGCCUGCAGUACCGGGACCAGAGCCUGAAGCGCACCGUGGUCCACCUGCAGUUCACGUCCUGGCCGGAGCUGGGGCUUCCUGACAGCAAGAGCAACCUGCUGCGCUUCAUCCAGGAGGUCCACGGACACUACCUCCACCAGAGGCCCUUACACACACCCGUCGUCGUGCACUGCAGCUCGGGCGUGGGACGCACCGGCGCCUUCUGUCUGCUGUACGCCGCCGUGCAGGAGCUGGAGGCAGGGAACGGCAUCCCGGAGCUCCCCCUGCUGGUGAAGAAGAUGCGGCAGCAGAGGAAGAACAUGCUGCAGGAGAAGCUCCACCUGAAGUUCUGCUAUGAGGCCGUGUUGAAGCACGCCGAGCAGGUUCUCCAGCGCCACGGCGUCGCCCCCGCCUGCGGGAAGAACGCCGGCUCUGCAGCCGCAAAGCAGUCUUACUCCCGCCAGGAGUCGCAGCAGGACCUGGUCCUGGGUGCAGACAUGCCCAUCAGCUCCAUCCAGGCCACCAUCGCCAAGCUGAGCGUCCGGCCACCCAGCGCCACCGACCCCGCCAUGGAGGGCGGCGCCCCCGGCGGGCGGGAGGAGCCGCUCGCCCCCACCCCGCCGUCCUCCGAGUCCCCGGACGACUUCCAGCCGCAGCCAGAGCCCCCGCCCUCUUUCAGCCCCCCGUGCUCCCCACCGCCGCCCAACGGACUGGACGCCGCCGCCGCCGGCUCCUCCCCCUCCACCCCGCCCCCGCCCAGCGUCAGCCCGCCCCCCGCCUCCUCCGCCCUGGAGCUGCUGGCCUCGCUGACGCCCGAGGCCUUCUCCAUGGAGGGCGGUGGCGGGCGGGGCAAGCAACGGGUCACCAAGCAGAGCUUCCUGCAGCCGGCGGAGGGUCAGGGUCUGCACGGCGCCGCCGCCACUGCCGACGACCCGCUCAGCAGCCUGGACCCCCUCUGGAGCCUCAACAAGCAGUGAGCGCCGUCGCCACGCAAACGGCUACUCUCUCCACAUCACCAGACCACUAUGCACUCGUCUGCGACGCGCUCCAUUUUUUUUUAUUUUUCUACGUAACGCACGGAUCCAGCGGAACUCCCAGCAUGCACUCCUUUCUGGGCCGGCGGAUCCAAACCAGCUUCGGUUCUUCUUUCCUCCUCGACUCGACUCAUCCUAACAAAUCAGCACGUCUUAACAGGUCGAUUCUCUUUUCUUUGUCACACUGUAAAUAUCUUAAAUAAAGUUAGAUUAUUCCAAUAAAAAGAGAAAAUGUCUUUCUGGAAACUCGAUCUUCACUGAAAACAAAUAAUAAAUCCUGUAAA